AUGAGUGAUGAUUUCAAAGCAUUUGAUUGGUUUGGAUAAACUAUUUAACUUACUUACAAAGGUGAAGAUUCUUAUAAAACUAUGCUUGGGGCCUCUGUUUCAUUUGUGCUUGUCUUGAUAUUACUAGGCUUCUCAAUUUUCAAGUCGAUAUACUUAUUCAGUAGAUAUAACCCAGAAGUAUCAAAAGUAUCCUUAAUAAGAGAUAUGACUUUGGGUGAGAUAUUUAAACCUUAAGAAACUGGGUUUGACUUUGCUUUUGGACUCAAUAAGGAUCUCGAUCCUCGCAUAGGCCAUUUCACAAUAAGGCAAUAUGGAGUCUAUGAAACAGAACAAAAAGAUAGUUCAGGCAAGAAUAUUAAGAAAAAGACAUUCAGAGAUUUGAAAUUUUAAAAGUGUUUAGCAGAAAACUUUGAUUUUCCAGAUGAAAGUGAAGUUGUUUCGAAAGGAAUAUCAAAUUAUUUGUGCUUAACAGACACUGACUAUUAAUUCUAAGGAAAUUACUAUUCUGACAACUUUGAAUAUCUGGAAAUAAAGCUAUGGAAAUGUAAGGACACUCCUUAAUUGAAAUGCUACAAUUAAACUACCAUUAACAAGUACUUAGACUAUGAAACUUUCAAUUUUGCCUUUAUUAACAACUAUUUUGAUCUCACUAAUUUUGAAAGCGGUGGUUAGAUAAGACCAUUUAUAGAUGAUUAAUUAUUCUUUGAAGUUGAGUCCUCUAGAGUAAAGAAAACAAACUUCUAUAUUCAGUCACAAGAAGCAGAACUUGAAGAUGAUUUGAUUUAAUUCGGCUAGUCUGAAUCAAUUAGUUUUCAUUAAGUCAGCAAUUAAAGAUUCUAUGAUAAUUAAUACAGACCAGAUGAAGGAUAUAUAGUAUCUGUUUACCUGAGAUUUGACAACAGAUAUGAUGUUUAUUCAAGAAAAAUCUAUUCUAUUCUAGAACUUCUAGGAGAUAUCGGAGGACUGUAUGGGGCUUUAGUCGGUAUAGGAUUUGUAUUUGUUGGUUUCAUCUCUUCAAGAAUGUUUUUGAGUGAUAUAAUGAAGAAAAUAUAUCAAGUAAGGAAAUACAUUUUAGAACCUGAAAUUAGUGACUUUGAACAAGUUAAACCAAAUACUAAAUUUAAAAAUCAAAUUAGAAACCCUCACUAAAAGACCAUGAGUAAUAAUACAAAUACCUCACUGUAAUAAAAGGAAUACACGGAGGAUUAAGUUACCUAGAGAAAGUCAAAUGAUUUAAACAAAGAAGAAGGCGGAAUAAAAAUAAUAACCAUUGAGUAAGAUAUUCCUUUAAAUUCUGAAAGACCUUUUAUAAAAGACUAGUAAGUUAUUGAUCCAUCAUAUCUGAGUCCAACUUAAAUUAAACAUUAAUAUAAGAAAAAAGUUAGUUUGAAAAGAUUGAACACUAAGUUGAUCGAUGCUGAAAAAGUUAAUUUAGAAUUAUAAGAUGAGCAUGAUAUUAAAGAAAGAGAAUAGCUUAAUGCUUAAAUAUUUAAGAAAAAGAGGUAGGUUAAUGAUAUAGAUGUAAAUAAUCUGCUUAUAUCAUUCAUUUCAAGAAUGAGAUUCAAUUACGACAUCAAGUCUAUAAUCUAGUACCUUAGUAAAUGCUUGUGUUUAAAGAAUCUUGAAAGAAAAAGGAAUAAGAGAUACUAUAAGAAACAUUAUCUUUACUAAAAAGGAGAAAAAAAGUUAAGUUAAGAGCUAGAUAUCAUAUCUCUACUUAAAACUCAAAGGAAAUUUAAAUUACUAGCCUAGGCAUUGUUAUCUUAAAAGCAUAGAAUGCUCUUAAGAUUUUAGAGAUAAAAUGUGUUAGAGACAGCUUCUGAGUCAUCAGAUUCUGACGAUGAUAAUCUAGAUACACUAACUCUGAUGGAAAAUAAAAAUCCACUGAUAAGAUUAGUCAUAUAUGGCAAAUUAAAGAAAAUGAUGAAGUCUUUUGAGGGAUAGAAGCUUAAAAUGAUUGAAAAAAAUCUUAUGAGAGGAGUGUUUUAAAGAAAAUUAAAAGACUUCUAAGAAGAGUUGAUUGAUUAAACAGAAAAUAAGACUUUAUUGCAAAGGCUGCAUGGCCAACUUAUGGAAAGUGCUUAAAAGGUUAGAAUAGAUGGAGCAAAUACCCAUAGAGAAAAUAACUUCAUGGAGGAAUAUGAUGAUUCUUCAAUGCUAAGUGGAAAAAUUAAAACUGUUAUUGAGGAUAUUUAAAACAUUUCUAGUCAAAUGGAUGAUUAAGAAUUCUAAAAGUUUGAGAUGGAUGAGUUAGUGAUUAAAUUACCUGAAGUUGCUUUUCAUUAUUUGAAUAAAGAGUCCUUAUUUGCGAGUAAUGAUUCAAAGUUUCUGAGUCAUAUAGAAAAGUAAAAAACUAAUGAGGAUGUUUGA